AUGAAUCAAGAAGUCCUGGAUCAGAGGUUUUCAAGUUGUCGAGGUGUAUCCUUUGAGAUCCAACCACAUAAGGAUCCAUUCGCCAUUGAUUCACCUGGAGCUAGUCGACGUAUUUGGUUUCCAUGGGAGUCUUCUAACAAAAUCAUGCCAACUUCGGGUGCUUUCAUCAGCUCGAGGUCCCCUAGCAGAGCCAGUAGUCAUUUCUGUGACUUAGAAACCGAUUAUGAAGAUGAUGGGGAUAGCAUUCUGAUCAACAUAGAAGAAGGCUACGAGUUAGACGACAAGCACGAGCUUCCCCUUCCAGUUUCAAUUCCAGAAGUGCUCCCACAAGCUCCCAGCAAAAAGAUUCUUUCUAAGCCAACAAAACCGAAAGACUCAAGAUUGUCAGUGAUAUUGCUUGAUCAAGGCUUGUUUACAGUCUAUAAGAGACUCUUUAUGGUUUGCUUGGCUCUCAACAUUACAGGGUUAGUUCUUGCUGCCACGGGUCAUUUUUCAUACGCAAGAAACCACGCCACUCUUUUCUCUAUCGGAAACCUUCUGGCUUUGACACUAUGUCGAAGCGAAGCCUUCUUACGCAUCGUGUUCUGGCUCGCGGUUAAUAUCCUCGGCCAUCCUUGGGUGCCUUUAUGCCUCAAAACCGUUACCACCUCUUUACUUCAAUCUUUAGGUGGGAUACACAGUAGUUGUGGCCUUUCUUCGGUUUCAUGGCUUACGUAUUCUUUAGUUCUUACUCUUAAAGACAGAGACAACACUUCUAAUGAGAUAAUUGGUGUGGCUUCCGCCAUCCUCUCCCUUCUCUGCCUGUGUUGCUGGGUAUCCUUGAUCCUCCUUUGGGCAUUUAUUGUACUCACAAAAUCUUAUGAGCCCGAGACCAAAUCUUACAAGAAAGACGUGGGAUCAAGAUUGGUUAAAGAGCAAGAAUUCUGGUUCACCUUGGUCACAACCAUACUAAUCAUCAUCCCAUGGGUGACCGUGAGGCGGGUUGCUGUCAAGGUCUCCGCCCCAUCAGGUCAUGCUUCGAUUAUUAAAUUCGCGGGAGGAGUGAAACCAGGGAUUCUAGGUCGGAUAAGUCCAUCACCGAUGUCCGAAUGGCAUGCUUUUGGAAUCAUUUCUGAUGGAAAUGAAGAGCACAUGAUGCUAGCAGGUGCAGUGGGAGACUUCACAAAAUCCCUAGUCUCAAACCCGCCCAGCCACUUAUGGGUCCGACAAGUCCAUUUCGCUGGUCUGCCUUACCUGGUUAACAUGUACAACCGAGUCUUGGUGGUGGCAACCAGCUCUGGUAUUUGCGUCUUUCUGUCAUUCUUGCUGCAACAAGGUCCAGCGGAAGAGAAGGUUAUAGUUCACGACACGGCGGUGAUGGGGCGGCCGAAUGUCUCCGAGAUGAGUAUCGCAGCGGCAAGGAACUGGGGAGCGGAGGUUGUGAUCGUAACGAGUAAUCCCGAAGGGAGUAGGGAUGUGGUGAAUGCAUGCAAGGGUAAAGGGAUCCCCGCUUUCGGUCCUAUUUGGGAUUCUUAG